AAUCAAUUUAAACUUGUCAGUUAAACCUAAGAAAGUAAAAAACUAGUUUUGUAGUUUUUUAUUUCAGAUAUACUUUUUGCACAUGGAAGGAAUCUAAAUUAAAGUCCACACUGCACUUAUUCCCAGUGGGAGAGUGCGAAAGAGAGCGGGCCCCAAGAGCUGAGAGCGCAAUUUCCGCAGAGAGCGAGGGAGACAGCGUGUCUAUCCCCCACACCCCAUUCACACUGCCCUUUUGCAAGGAGAGAGUGAGAGAGAGAGAGUGACAAAAAGGGAGUAAAAAGAGAGGGCGAACAACCGGCUGUUAGUUGGGGCCUCGCGAGCGCAAGAAAGAGAGGGAGAGAAAGAAGCCUGGAAGCUAAACAACAAGGGCCAAACCAAACACACACGAAAGAUAACGACUUGUUUCAUUUGAUAUUCGCCAGCCGGCAGCAGCGGGACAAGUAUAAAAAAAACAGAACACACAAAUCGGACGCCGCAGCUGCGGACACCAAAUUAGAAUACUAUAACGGCGACAAGUUAUCGCACAAUUAGUACGCGGGCGAGAAUUGCUACCGAGAUACGUCGUCGGCGGACACCCGAAAUUUUCCCAUAAAACCCAAGUGCCGUCUCAAAAAAAGAGGUAAAGAAAAGUAGAUCUUAAAAAUGUAUACGAAAAUCUUUCGCGCUGUGAUAAUCGGAGCCCCGGGCUCGGGCAAGGGUACUAUUUCCGAGCUGAUUUGCAAGAACCAUGGAUGCGUCCACAUUUCCACGGGUGACAUUCUGCGCCAGAACAUCAUAAAGAACACGGAGCUGGGCAGAAAGGCCAAGGAGUUUAUCGCUGCCGGUAAAUUGGUGCCAGAUUCAAUUGUGACCAAGACAAUGUUGGCCCGGAUAACCGAGGUGGGCAACAGGUCGUACAUCCUGGACGGAUUCCCGCGCAACAUCGCCCAGGCCCAGGCACUGGAAGCUCGUGAGCAGAUCGAUGCGGUGAUCACGCUGGACAUUCCACACGAUGUGAUUAUCGAUCGGGUCAAGCACCGUUGGAUUCACGCGCCCUCUGGCAGGGUGUACAACAUAGGGUUCCAAGAUCCCAAAGUGCCUGGCAAAGAUGAUGUCACGGGAGAACCGCUGACUCAGCGCGAGGACGACAAGCCACAUGUGGUGGCCAGGCGACUGGAGCUGUACGAUGAACUGAUGAGUCCCGUGAUAGCCUGGUACAAAGAAAAAGGCCUUGUUGCCACUUUUAAGGGAAAACAGACCAAGGAGAUCUGGCCGCGGAUGGAGCUCUUCCUCAGGGACCGCAUGAACGCGUAAUGGGACCACCCGGAGUUUCAUCCAUUGUGCACAAACUAACGAUAAACUGCUGUGUUCAAUUAAGUGCAUAAACAUAUUUAGAUAUAUAUAUAUAAA